GGCAAAUCAUUGACCAAAGUAAUAAUCCAAAUUCCCCACAAAAUAAAACUACACAAGAUACGUUUUCUCCUCCAAAAAACAGCCUAACUAGACACGUCCGCAAUGUGGCCGGCACAGUAGAUACGGCAAAUUUCACCCAAUGUAACCAGAAAGAUGCAUUGAGACACAUCUCGCUGACACUUUGCCUACCCUCGGACUCAAGCACCACUACCCUCAUCCCGUACACCAGUUUGUCAAACGAACUCAACCAAAAAGGAGGGUCGUGGGGAAACAAAUACCAAUGGUACAUGACGCUAGACUUUUGGUUCGGAAAAGGCGAUCCCAAUGAAAGAUAUAGCUAUGGUCGAGCGUGGACCGACUUGGUGGGAGAGACAGGGGCGGAUUGGAGUUCAUCGUCAACAGGAACAGCGAAAAAAGUAAGGCAAAGAGUACACCUGGCAAAAUCCUCAUCUGGCCUCGUAGUACAGUUAGACUUAACGGGGGUACCCCAACCCAAGAAAGAUGAACCCCCUUGUGCAUCCUUUUAUCUAUGGCCCAAGACAUCGCCAAGCCCCCAAUUCUCUAUAUACGUAUGCAUGUCCAGUCGCAUUAAAAGAUCACAAUCUGACAUAGUAUCCGUCCAAAAGGGGGUGGUGAUCCACUCCACUAAGGAGUGGACAACUGAUCAAGAGUUCCAAGCAGCAACUGGAAUCUCGGGACACUCAGCAAACAGCAACAACUGGUUACUGAUGGCACAACAAGCUGCGCUAGACACAGGCGAUGACUGCCUCGUUUGUAUGGGAGCCAGACCCCUGCUCCACAUAAUUCCUGCCCCGGUAGAACCAAGGUGUGCCACUGAAAUAAUGGGGACAGACAACCCUCAACACAAUUGCUCUAAAUACGACGUUUACUUCCCUUUAGCCAACGCGGAAUUAAAAAAGCCCUUAUUCUUUGCAAAAGUUCCGAGGUUGUAUUACACCCGUUUCCACACCACAAUCAGAAACACCGGGGGGUUCAACAAAACUCUCUGCGACCACAUAGUGACACCAACUACACCUGGACGUGGUGUAAUCCGAGCAGACAUAUGGUUCCACUGCGGUGGCAACCAACUCCACGAUCGCGUCCCAUAUAAUGCCAGUGGUCUAUGUGCACUGGUCACUUUGCUUCUACCAGUGAAAACCUACAAAUUAAAAGUAGGGGACAUAACAAACCUGGCAGAACAAUACCCCUAUCAUACUACGAACAGAGUCAAACGCGAAGCCAUGAUUGACCCAGAUCCAACGUACAUAGACGCAAUAGGGGUACCACGGGGCGUACCAAGUGACUACAAAAUAGCCGAUCAAGUAGCGGACGGCUUCACAUCCAUCAUCUGCCCCUGGUGUGUCAUCAAUAAAAACUCAGACCGCAUCAAUUACAUUCAUUAUAAUAUCCAACGCCUAGGAAACCUCACACAUGCCGGACUCAAGGCAGUUAGUGAGCAAUUGAAAGCCACAUCACUCAUGGCCUAUCAAAACAGAAUGGCCCUAGACAUGCUCCUAGCAGAAAAAGGCGGAGUAUGUGCAAUGUUCGGAGAGCAAUGCUGCACCUUCAUUCCCAACAACACCGCUGCAGAUGGCACUCUACAAAUAGCACUGGACGGUCUGAAAACCCUCAACUCCCGCAUGAAAGAUCAAUCUGGUAUCGACGGUAAAUGGGACGAAUGGAUGUCCGUGUUCGGUAAAUACAAAACCCUGGUCACCUCAGUAUUGGUAUCAAUGGCCGUGUUUGCAGCAAUUUUGACCUUGUGCGGGUGCUGCUGCAUCCCAUGUAUCCGCUCAAUGGUGGACAAAAUAAUUAGUACCGCCAUAGCACCUUCUACUCCCCUGGGCCAACAACUCGCCUUGCUAUCCUUAGAAAACAACCCAGACAUUGAAGAAGGCGAAGAAGAAGCGGCAGCAAUGGACACUUUCCCGACAGCACCACCAGUACCACCGAAUGGCAGAAUGUGGGAAAGAGAGACAGAAGCCUAAAACAGCUGACAUAAAUGUACAUAAACAAUAGCGUUGUUUUGUUGCCCCAAUCAUUAGAAUGGGGCAAAAGGGGGAUUGAAGGAUAAAGAUAAGGCAAAAGUGGCAGUGAAUAUAAGAUAUAGUGGGCCUAUCAUGGAAAAGCUAAGACAUUGAGCUGUCUGAGUGGAAAAGUACAGUACUGUGUUAAAGUCCAACUGCUGAGAAGCCUCAGUGGAAAUAUACUAUGUGAAUACUGUGUGCAACAAAAACGCGGGGUCAACCAGAUUAAGAACAGAGGUAUCCUGUUAUGUCCAAACUGAUAAGCCACAAGGUUGCAGAACUCAUUAUUCUCACACUAAAUCACCCACCAAGCAGGCGCAACAGUUCACAAGGGCAGUCUUGUGAGUGAAACCAGAUAUGGAAGUGAGUGAAAGCAAAUAAGGAAGUAACAAAAGCGCGCCGAAGGCUAACCUAAGAGUUGCUAGGGUAGCAACGGCAGAUUACACCACAAGAAAGCAGCGAAGGUGGGGGCUCUGCUAGGAACAGUAUAUAAGCAGGAUGUAUUCAGUACUCUAGGCUCUCUUCAACUGGGAUCUUACACUGACGAGCUUGUCACGUAUUGGGGUUUUUAGAUUUCCAUAACAAUUGGCGCUGCGAGCAGGGUCUCUGCAAGUUUGAUUGGGAACACCUCCGGACGCUGGUGGUGGCCGGCUCCAGGAUCCUCGGAUCUUCCUCUACCCCGACAGAAACCGUACGGGACGAGAGGACCAGCGCCGGGGGUGGAACCGAUUGACUUCACGAGAUCAAACGGACUUAAAAAGGCUUUCCAAAUACUGGGUGAGAUGUACAAUGUCUAAAUUGUUUAAAGUUAAAACGUAAUUAAAACUCCAUGACGUUUAUGAAAGGGGCUGCUCGAAGAGGGUUUUAUCCCGUCCUAGAUCGUGGGUUUACGAUUAGUUUUUGCGUGGUUUGUACUGGGGAACAAAUAUCACAGAGGGUGUAUCCCGUCCUAGAUCGUGGGUUUACGAUUAGUUUUUGCGUGGUUUGUACUGGGGAACAAAUAUCACAGAUUUUGUCAUGGGAGCAAGGCAAAGUAGGGGGCUUGUACAACCUCCUGGGGGGCCGAUUGUAGACGUCAUGAGAGUAAGAAAUGGUGAAAACAGUCUGUCUAAAUUAGAUAUAUGGACGGAAAUGUUCGGAUUUCCAAA